CCUGCACCCCCAAGAUGAGACUCGGCCCGGUUCUGCUCUGCUUGGCCCCCUGGAUGACCUCCGUCCUCUCAGCUCAGAGGAGCACUUCGAACUGCUGCCCCGGCUUGUCCAGGACCACCGUGCCGCCGAAGAACAUCCUCAACUACACCAUCCAGCCCGUGGGGGUGUGCGCCAUCAGAGCCGUAGUGUUGUACACUCGAGGCAGAAAAACAAUUUGUGCAGACCCUAACAGAUGUUGGACACAGAAGGCCAUGUUGAAGGUGGAUGGAGGAGUUGUGCGUCCGAGUGAAGGAACUACCAAGUCAACAAGUGGCGGUGUGACAUCACCACGCUGCACCACGUUGAAAAAAGGACGCAAGGGAGACGUAGGAGGCGUCGACCAAAACCAGCCAAGAAAAUGCAAUAAACUAAUGUCCUGUACACAAUGA